UUCAAGCGUGGUGUCCUGUUGCGUGAUCUCCCGCAGCUAUCCUCAGGAAACCAACCAUCUCCAGCCAAGCUCGCUGUGCCGUCUGUAGUCCACUCUUUGGGGGAAAAACAGCAGGAAUAAAACUUGUUUCAUAUUUUAUAUUUGAAAGCCGCUUUCUGCAUCGGAGUCGCCAGACAUGAUGAAUUGUAUUCUCAUCUGCCUGCUAUGUGGAUUGUAUGGUGUUUUGGCAAAAGAUAAAGAACACAAGGGCAAGUACAGCGUCCCCAUCCUGGAUGUGAAAACUCAGCAGUUGGUCGUGGACACCAACCAGACACUACUGCUCGGCUGCAGGGGUCGCUGGGAGCUGAUAUGGGCGUUCCCAUCAGGUUUGGCCAGAGAUCAGGUGCGAGUGCAGCAAUCUCGCUGUGGGAAGAGAGGCCAGCAGCACUGCAGCCGUUUGACGGUCAGCCGCAGCCAGGCCCAGCACACGGGCCCGUUCCGCUGCAGAUAUCGGCACCGACCUCGAAAACAGAACUCUGUUUAUGUUUAUGUCACAGACAGCCAGCAGCCAUUUGUGGAACAUCCGGGUAUGAGCCCAGAUGUGUUGUACCUGAGGGAGAAGGAGCCACUGGUCAUCCCCUGCCGAGUCACACACCCCAAUGUCACCACCACACUGGUCAAGUUCCCCAACCACAGCCUGAGUCCAGACAAGAGGAACAUUAUCUGGAACAGCAAGCAGGGCUUCACCAUCCGAACUCCCACCCUCUAUUACACCGGCCUCUUCUUCUGCCAGACGAUCACCGAUGGCGUGACAUACAUGUCACAGAAAUACUUUGUACACAGACCAGUGAGUAACAUCAUGGAGGUGUAUCUGAACAGCAGUGGUCCUGUGCAGGCUCUGAAGGGAAAGAGACUGGUCUUGAACUGCACUGCCACUGGGGAGUUGAACACCAGAGUCAACAUCACCUGGGACUACCCUGGAAAGAUUAACAACUCGGGCUUCACUUCCAAGAGGCUCCUGAAGCACAGAACGCACAUGUUGUUCUACAGUAUUCUGACCAUCCCGAAGCUCCAGCGAUCAGACCGAGGGCUCUACACAUGCCGAGUCACCAGCGGUGAAAAAAACAAGCAACAGAAAGUCACUGUCACUGUCUAUGACCGCCCAUUUAUCCAUCUGAAGCCCAGACAUGGAUCUGUGAUGGAGGCUCAAGCAGGACAGAAAUCUUACAGAAUCUCUCCCAAACUAAGAGCAUUCCCUGCCCCUGAAGUCAUCUGGUUUAAGGAUGGCAUGGUGGCAGCAGAGCAAUGCUCCCGAUACCACAUGGAUGGGAAUUCCCUGGUGAUCCGGGAUGUUGCGGAGGAGGAUGCUGGGAAGUACACUGUCCUGGCACGAAUCCAGGAACACGGACUCUACCAGAAUCUCACACUCACACUUGCUGUCAAUGUGAGUCCUCAGAUAGGGGAGAAAGCGGUGUCGUUGCAGGACCCAGGCUCUGUGCCGCGGGGGAGCAGGCAAGCCCUGCACUGCACGUCCCAUGGAGUCCCUCCUCCACACAUCCAGUGGCUCUGGCAUCCCUGCCCAUCCAAAGGCCUGUGUGUGUGUCCAACGUCGUCCUCCCUAUGGCGCCCUGUGACAGAGAGUCUCCCCGCCACGUCCACACACAACCACAUCCUGAGUGUUACUCACAGACAGGAAGUUCUUCAGGGGAAGAAAAAGACAGUGGGGGUCCUGACUGUGGCAGAGGCCUUUGUGUCUGGAGUGUAUCGCUGCAUUGCCUCCAACUCUGCAGGCAAAGACCAGCUAGACGUCCACUUCUACAUCACAGACGUCCCAGGAGGCUUCAGUGUAAACCAGCGGGAGGAACCAAGAGAGGGCGGGGACCUCCAUCUCACCUGUGUAGCCAAUAAGUACCUGUACACCACGGUGUCAUGGCAACGAGUGAAUGACACAGAGGAUGUCCAAUCCAGCAGCCCUGCCCUAAGUAGUCAGCAGCUCACAUCAGGGGAGUUCUCUAACUCUCUGGUCCUGUUGCUCAGCAACCUGACAGCCAGAGACUCUGGAGCCUACAGGUGCUCCGCCCGCCACCUCGUGACUGGACAGGAGACACAUCUGGACACACAGGUGGAGGUCACAAUUCUGGAGCCUCCGCUGCUGCAUAAUAAUUUGACAGAUUGUACUGUCAACGUUAGCAGUUCAGUGACCCUUAGCUGUCCAUCUCAAGGCAUCCCACCCCCUACCAUCACAUGGUACAAAGACGAACAUGCUCUGUCACAGGGAUCAGGUAUCGUCAUAUCACCAGAAGAUGGGACCCUCCAUAUUGACCGAAUCACAGUGGAGGACCAGGGUCUGUAUACGUGCCAGGCCACCAAUGAGAGGGGAUCCGCAGAGAGCUCUGCCUACAUAUGGGUCAACAGUGCCUCAGAAUCCUCGUUUUUGGAAAUUCCCACUCUCACCUGUACCUGCGUGGUGGCCACUCUCUUCUGGCUUUUGCUCACACUCUUCAUACGGAAACUGAAACAGCCCAACACCUCAAACACCAAGCCAGAGUACCUGUCAAUCAUUCUGGACACAGGAGAGGGGCCAAUAGAGGAGCAGUGUGAGAGAUUACAAUAUGACCCCAACCAAUGGGAGUUCCCUCGGGAGCGACUCAAAUUAGGGAAACCUCUGGGACGUGGAGCCUUCGGGAAGGUGAUGCAGGCGUGUGCGUUUGGUAUAGAUGGCGCCACCAGCUGCAGGACUGUGGCUGUCAAGAUGCUCAAAGAGGGAGCUACAGCCAGCGAGCACAAAGCUCUGAUGACUGAAUUGAAGAUCCUCAACUACAUUGGACACCAUCUGAAUGUAGUCAACCUACUGGGAGCCUGCACUAAGCUGGGAGGGCCGCUGAUGGUCAUUGUUGAGUACUGCCGUUAUGGAAACCUCUCUGCCUUUCUGAAGAGCAAGAGAGAGGUGUUUGUGCACAACCGGAUGGCCAGAGGAAAGGAUGGAGGGAUGAGUGUCUGCGGUGUUUCUGACGGCCAGAGCAACGUUAGAACAGAGUUUGAUGACAGGGAGAAGACAGAGAAGGGCUGUGAUCCCAAAUCUGCAUCCACCUCUCCUCUAUUCCUGGAGGAUCUCAUCUCCUUCAGCUUCCAGGUGGCGCGUGGCAUGGAGUAUCUGGCCUCUCGCAAGUGUAUUCACAGAGAUCUGGCAGCCAGGAACAUUCUGCUGUCCGACAAUAAAGUGGUGAAGAUCUGUGACUUCGGCCUGGCCAGAGACAUCUACAAAGACCCCGACUAUGUCCGCAAGGGAGAUGCCCGCCUCCCUCUGAAGUGGAUGUCUCCCGAGUCCAUCUUCGACAAGGUGUUCACCACCCAGAGUGACGUGUGGUCCUACGGCAUUCUGCUGUGGGAGAUCUUCUCUCUUGGCGCUUCCCCGUACCCUGGUCUUCACAUAGAUGAGGAGUUCUGCCACCGACUGAAAGGGGGAACAAGGAUGCGAGCACCAGAGUACAGCACACCUGAGAUUUACAGCACCAUGCUGGCAUGUUGGGAGGCAAGUCCCUCAGAUCGACCCACCUUCACUAACCUGGUGGAGACACUGGGAGACCUGCUGCAAGCAAAGGUUCAGCAGGAUGGGAAAGAUUAUAUUCCCCUGGGAUCUUUCAUGACUGGAGACAAAAACCGCAGUGAGACCUUGAAAGAAAACCCGCUUGCAGUCACAAACCUGAGUUACAUGAGAGGUAUGGCCACACUUCAGACUUUUGAGGAACUGCCCUGUGAGGAUCCAGAUAACCCUGAUGAUGAGCAGAGUGACAGUGGGAUGGUCCUUCCAUCUGAGGAACUGAAGCAUAUGACAUGGAAUAACGGCACUAAAACCAGGAAACUCAGCAGGUUCUUCACUUUCAAGUGUCAGGACAACCAGGUGCCCUACUUGUGCAACGACAUGAAAGGUCUCCGUGACUACGAGCCUUCUAUCCUGCCGUGUGACUGGGAGUCUGACGAAGGCGGCUCCCCUCCUCCGGACUACAACUCUGCCUUCCUCUACCCAUCCCUCUAGCACCUGCUCUUGUUUAAUUCUUUGACAGCUUUAUACAGGGUUAAUAUAGUUUCCAGCUCAUCACUUUUAUUCACUCAGAAUGUAUUUUUUUCUUGUUUUUUUUACACUUGCCGUUUUAAUCCGUUACCUCAUUAUAAUAUCUGUGGGUAAAUCUGUUUCUCUUUUCCUCCUUCAGCCAAACUGAGAAAUGUUCCUUUAGGUUGAAGACAAAACAUUCAUUUGCUUUUUCUCAGUUUCAAAAAUCACAUGCUGUUAUACAACAAAGCUUCCUCACAACGAUCAAGUAUUAUCUUAAUGCAUCUCCACACAACCCUAUCCAAGAGCAGCUAAGUAGCCUAUUACCCAGCAGGAAUUAUCCUACGUAAUUAUGAAGAAUGUAUUUACCAAGCUACAUCUAUUAGAACCUAUUUUAUUGGUACCUCAUGCUCUGAGCUUUGUGAAGAGAAACACUGCUGUAUGAAAUAACUGUUCCUCUUGCACAGACACUAUAUGCUGGACAAAAGUUAUUACCCACUGAAUUAUAUAUGUUAGACAGAAUGUAUCAAUCUGUAUUUAUUUCAAUGCUGUAGUCAUGUCGUGGAUGAGUCACUUGUUAACCUGGUGUUUAAAUUUGACGUCUGUAUCUGACUACACUGCCGCACUACCGGUUUACUGGGUUCACCUAAAAAUAAAAGUCAGUAAUUCAACAGCCCUGCGAUAGAAUUUAUGCACCGCAAUUAUAUCAAAAAAUUUGAAAUGCCUCUCAACAUUAUGUAAAAUAAUUUGAAAGCAAAUCAAACUAAACCCUCCGCAAUGACGAGGAGACCAUGAAGUUGAAUCAGCAAGUUUCUAAAACAGUUUCAACAAAAAAUAAACAUUAUAAUCUUCAUGAGUCUGGGAUUUACUGCAGGGCUGUUGUAUUUAACCGUAUUACUUUGAGCUGGUUAAUCCUAAAUAAACUGGCAACUGAGUGCAUAUUUAAUUCUACAUUGACUAUAUUUUGAUAUUCAAGUCAUUCAGCAUUGACAAAAACAAAAACACACAUUUCCUUAUGCUGUUUUUACAGUGUAUUUGCAUUUACAAAUAAUACUGACUGCAUAAAAAAACAGUCCUAUGAAGCGUAGAGCUUCCCCCUCUCCAUCAAUUUCCCCACUAAAACAUUAGAGCUGAAACAAUUAGUCACUUGACAGAAAAUGAAUUGGCAACUAUUUUGACAAUCA